CUGGGGCGAUCCGCGGCGAGUCCUAAUAGACGGUGGCAGAGGUAGCGGGAGAGCCAGGCAGGGACCCAGGAUAAAUGCUAAACCCACGCUCAGACGCACAGAACUGGAUGGCAGUUGGAGGGAACGAGAUCGGACCCCAGAGCUCUAACUGUCCUCGUGGCGUUGGCUGGAUCUUCAAAAGCUCUUAGCAGAAAAGGGAGGCAGCGUCUAAGCAAAAGGUUUUGGGAUUCUGAGUUCCUACUAAUCCAUGUCCUGUGAAAGUGUGACUAAGUUCACUAAUCUGUAAAGUGGGAGGACCAAUCCCCGCCUUGUGGGUGGGGAAGCUGUGAAGGGGAACGAGAAGGUUGCGUGCUCUCAGCCAAGCUGCAGGGACCACCCCGGCCCGGGAGCAUCUUUCUGCACCGUAGACCGUUUUCUGGGAUGGAGUCCUCGUUAUUUUCUACACUUGGGAAUUUAGAACGGACCCUUGGCCACUGGUUCCACACCCCCUCGGCUGGGGGCGUACCCGGAAGUGCUCCUACGGAAGCCGGCAGGGGCGCGCGGCUCUUCACCAUGGGGACCGCGGCGGCCCCGCGGCGCUUCUGCCGCUGUGCCUGUUUCUGCUCCGAGAACUUGUACGUGGCGCGCUACGGGCUGCACGUGCGCUUCCGGAGCGAGCAGCAGCUGCGCCAGGACUACGGCCCGAUCCUGCGCAGCCGAGGCUGUGUUAGCCCCAAGGACUUCCAGCAGCUGUUGGGAGAGCUUGAGCAGGAGGUGGAGCGGCGGCGGCGGCUGGGGCAGGAGUCAGCUGCCAGGAAAGCCCUCAUCGCGAGCUCCUACCGUCCGGUGCGGCCCGACGUCUACAACUCGCUGAAGGAUGUGGCUUUGGCCCCCGAGUUUCUGGCCGCAGCUGAAUACAGUGCAUCACCAGGCGCAGACCUUGAGGGCCUUCUCCAGUGGCUGGAGACAGUGUCAGAGGAGAAGCGUAUUUACCGGCUGCCGGUGUUCACGGCGUGGUUCUGCCAGGCCCUGCUGGAGGAGCUGGAGCACUUCGAGCAGUCGGACAUGCCCAAGGGAAGACCCAACACCAUGAACAAUUACGGGGUGCUGCUCCAUGAGCUGGGCCUGGAUGAACCACUGGUGACACCGCUGAGGGAGCGCUUCCUGCAGCCGCUGAUGGCCCUGCUGUACCCGGACUGUGGCGGGGGCUGGCUGGACAGCCACCGUGCCUUUGUGGUCAAAUACGCGCCAGGCCAGGACCGCGAGCUGGGCUGCCACUACGAUAACGCCGAGCUCACCCUCAACGUGGCCCUGGGCAAGGCCUUCACGGGGGGCACCCUAUACUUCGGAGACCUCUUCCAGGCACCGUCAACCCUGGCCAAGCCCCUGGAGGUGGAGCACGUGGUGGCCCAGGGCAUCCUGCACCGAGGGGGCCAGCUGCACGGGGCCCGGCCCCUGGGCGCUGGUGAGCGCUGGAACCUGGUCGUCUGGCUCCGGGCCUCUGCUGUGCGCAACCACCUCUGCCCCAUGUGCUGCCGCAAGCCCGACCUGGUGGACGACGAGGGCUUCGGAGACGGCUUCACCCGCGAGGAGCCCCCCACCGUGGAUGUGUGUGCGCUGACUUGAGCCUGGCCGGGGCCAGUGUGGGGGGGUGACAGAAAUAAACACCCUGCAGCCCUCAGCACUUCUUGGUUCAAAAGGACACACAGGCUUCUGGGUCAUUCUUUCAGCAGACGGGCUGGCUCUGGCUUGUUAGAACCAGAGCCUGAGAUGGGGAUUCCUGUGCAGGUGGUUUAAGCAGGGAGUACUCUCAGGAGAAGCGGAAGCAGGACAGGGCAGGAAGGAGCUGGGCCAAGAUGUCAUUUCCAAUGGCAUCCAGUUCCAGCCUGAUCCCAUAGGGCUCUCUGCAGUGUGAAUCGUACCAGUUUGCCCCCAACAUCAGUUAUUGCCUAUAGAAUGUUUCCAGGUAGGGAGGGGGUGAGUAACUUCCAUCUCCAGGGCAUGGUGGGUCCCAGUGACCAAGGGAAUCGUUCAGAGAAGAGUCAAGGUGUGAGUUGUCAGCAGCAUGGCUGUGGGUGAGUGCAGCUGUCUACAAAGAGAAUUUGGGUUGUACAUCAACAGCAUCUUCCAGACAGUGCUGAGUUUUGGUUUGCUGAGUGUUGGUUUACUGCAGAGGGGUUAAAAGCAGGAACUCUGGAACCAGACUGCCUGGGAUCGAAUUCUGAUUUGGCCACCUCCAGCUGUGACUGUGGGUAAAUCUCUGUGUCUUGCUUUCCUCAUCUGGGAAGUAUCUAUGUCCUACAGCCAUUGUGAGAAUCAAAUGACUUACUGUUUAUAAAGUGAUUUAUAACAGUC